AUGGGGAGAUCGGCAGUUGGUGUUCGCAUGUGCGUGAGUGGCGCGCAGGCCAGCAAGGUGCUGAUAAACACGGCCACGUGCUCACAGCCCAGCACGCGGCAGCAGCUUCGCACCAUGCUCGUUGGUCGCCAGGAGGAGGAGGACGAACGUGGCGAUCGUGGAGCACAGCAGCAGCAACAGCUGGCACGCUGCCUGGAGAACACUGGUCAACUCACCCAGUCGGAGGCUGGUCUCAUUCAGGAUGGCUUUGGAUCAGUGCAGCGCUUCAGUUCUGCCACGCAGCACUCGCUGCUCGCAUGCAGGUAG